UCGCCACGCUUCGGGUUUCGCCCUCCGCCUCGCCGCGCCUUCCCCGCCUCGGACGGGCGGGGCCCCGACCCAGCAUCUGGUGGACUGUUUUUACUUAAUUGGUCAUUGUUAUCUUAAUAAGCAUGGAGAUAAGAUUAGAAGUUUUAACAUCAACAAGUAUUAAGCAGAAAAAGCCCUGGCCACGAGUCUCCUGGUUGGGACAGGAAAAUGAAGCUGUUUUUCUUUUGGAUGAUAAAUUCAUAAAUGAAAUUAAUUUGCUGUCAGGAAGAACAAAGAAGAAAAUUCCUUGUCUGCAGCCUUUACUGAAGGAUGUUAUUGUCCUAACAACAUCCAGUAAUGAUGCCUGGCUGGCUGGGGUACUCACUACAGGGGAGCUUUUUCUUUGGAACAAAGAUCAAGAUUGCUUGAAAACUAUACAGACAACUGAAGAGCCUAAGAAAAUGAUUCAAGUUGCAGUAGCAAGCUCCUUGAGACUGUACUUGUAUGUAUCUGGAAAUGGGAAAAGAGUUCUGCUUAUAACUCCUUCUGGAUGCAUAUUUCUUUGGGAAUAUUUGGAAUUCAAGAAUAUCUUCUCUUCUAAAAGCCCUUCAUUGGUAGGCCAGUGGUCCCAGAUCAUACCUGAAGAAGCAGUUCAUUUGCCUUCUAAAGAAGAUAAAGAAGCUGUAGUGCAUGCUGUUUUUAUAAAAAAUGAGUUAUUUGGAGAUUGCUGCUUGUGUUCGUUUACUUUUUAUUCUGGAGAACGUCUGAAGUUGACAUUUCUAGCAAUUCGGUGGCAUGAAAAUGUAUUUACACCUAUAAGAUCAUUGCCAUACCAUGUUCAUUGGGCACAACAAAACUGCCUUCUGUGCAGUCUGGUUCCUAAAUGUGCAUCAGUAAAGUCAAGAGGAGCUCUACUUUCUGCCUUUUCAAGAGAUGGUGUUACCCUGGCAGUAACUCUUAAUCAGAAAGACCCAAAGGCAACUCAGGUAUUGUUUAUAAACACACUGAAUUUUGUUACUCUCUGUGGUAGCCUGAGAGGAUGUAGUAAUAAGAAUCCUGUGGUCCCAGCUACACUUAUCAGACCUCAGCAGUUUACAUUUCAAGAUUCAAAUAAUUCUGUAGAUUCAUCAGCUUCUGAUAGUGACCCUAUGAGACAGAGAUUUUCUAUAAAAGCACACUCACGGUUACCCUACCUCAUUAUUUCUGAUGGAUACAUGGUCACAACCCUUCGAUUUGUUGAUAACCUGUCACCAUCAGUGCUCAUGAGAUCACUUCUACUUGAUUCAACCCAGAGGCUUGAGAAAACAUACCAAAGUAUGAUAUUGUCUAAGCCAAAAGGCAAAGGGCUGAACUUGCGAUCACUGGAUUCCCUGAGAUGUAGCCUGUUAAAACACCAAGGAAAUAAAAGUUUAGCUGAUUCUACUGUCCCCAGAUUCUUACAGGCAGAAGAAACAAUGAAGUUAAAUGAAAAAACAACAGAUUUCCAGGAUUUUGAAGCAGAAGAAACUAAUGAAGGCAAACACUUUCCAGACAACUUAUUCUCACUUUGGAACCAAAAAAAUGAUCCAUUGUUCAGUAGUGUCAAGGAGGGAAGAUUGGAAUUUGCGUCUAUGUUUGAUACAAUACAUGCAAAGGAUAAUAUCAAGGAGACAGAUAAAACCGUUACAGAACUGCAUUCUGUUCAGAAAAAUCUCCUUGCAGCAUGGGCUAUCGGAAUUUCAAAAAAUGUGACAGAAAAAAAUGUAAUGUUAAAUUACACAGUUGUUUGUAUCACUCAUUUUUUCUACAUUCUUCAAUUUAUAAAAUGUCCUUUCCCCAAACUAGAUCCUUUUUUAAGCAAGAGCACAAGACAGAAUGCAUGGGUACUUUGUAUCUUUCAACUUUUUCAUCAGUGUUUAUCAAUGCAGUAUUGGGAUAUGAGAUACAAACAAGAUGUGGGACAUUUGGUAAAGCUGACCUCAAAUACUAUAAAGCUUUUGCUGACUCAGCAACAACAGGGUCAGUUAUUUUCAGAGAAGCUUUUGGCUUGUUUUCAUUUACUUAAAAUGGUAGCUGAUAAUUUAAAUGGCAUAUACAUUCUUCAGCCUGAAGUUACUUCAGCAUCUGUUGAUGGAAGUAGAACAGCAGAUCAAGACAAAUUGGUGGUACCCAUUUUUCAAAUGUUUCAAUAUAGUGAUUCUCAGGAAAACUGGUCUUGGGACUCAUCUUUCAAGAUUCGUCCUCAAGUAGUAAAUCUUGCUCAGCGACCAGGACACAGAUUGAUUGUUCUCUGGAGAGUGUUGUACAAAAACACUGUAUGGUAUCAAACACAAUUAAGUCGAAGACUUCCUGAAGGUGACCGACAGUUAACUGAAAAGAUGACACGGGAAGCAUCUACUGUCAAGGCUCUGUUAUGUCAUAUACAGGCUAACCUACAGACUGCUGGAGUUCACUUGAACCAAGCCUUAGAACUUCAGUCUAUCCAUGGUGAAGAGUGUUUCCUGUUAGGAUCAUAUGAAAAAUCUGUUCAACUGUGGAGGAAAGCUCUGCAAGAAACUCAAGAGAAAGGAGGAAGAAGAACAUGUUUUCUUCAGAUACGCUAUUAUCUUUCUCUUUUAUACUGCUACCUCUAUAGCUAUAAUUUAAAUGAUGCUCAAGGAUUGUGUGAUCACCUAGUAAGAGAAAUUUUGAGGUGGUCCCACCUACCUGUGAAAGAAAAUGAGGAUUGUUCAGUUCCUGAGAAGUCUCACUGUGAGUUUGGAAUGACUAGAAAUGUUGUUCCUGAAGCGGCAGUGACGGUUAUCCAGUCCAUGGCUCGUUUCAUGGCUGCCUAUUUCGCCAAUCAGCUGCUUUACAUUUUGCCACCUCACAACGUGAAUGUUCUUCCUCCCCUUCAUGUUAAAACAGAACAGUGCCUUCGACUUAUUCCUCUACAACACUCUGAAGUGGCUAGUGUUGUAAGAGAUCAGAAUCUUUCUGAUGUGUGGACAGUUGAAUAUGCCUUUGAAUUAUUACUUAUUGGAGGCCUAGUUCCAGAGGCUGUGUGGUUGGCACAUAAACUUGGAGACUGGAAGACAUCUGUUUCCAUUGGUGUGGCUUUCCAACUGUUCUGUAAACAUGAUAGAAAUUUCAUAAGGUCCAACAAAAAGGGUCUAAAUUUACCAAUAAAUUUGACUCCAGGACAGAUUUUCCAGGAAAAACUGAAGUGUUUUUUAGGUCGGCCAGCCUCUUUUGAAGCAAAAAAUGAAAUGGGCGCAAAAUACAAACAGUUUACAGAUCCCAUUGAAGAAGAAGAUGUAAAUCUGCUAUUUGGUUCAGUGCAAGAAGUACUGAAAGCAGCAGUUAUGGCUGAUGCAGAUAUUCUGUCAGAGACAUUUCAGCUUCUGGUAAAUUCUGCCAAGGACUUCAGUAGAAGGCUGCGGGGCUUAGUGCCGGUUGGCUUGUAUCUUCCGGCUCCUCCAUUGUAUUGUCCUCAGCCAGCUAUUCGCAGUGAAGAAGAUGGUGAUGAUCUUCUUUUAAAAGCUGAGAAAGAGAACCGCCAAAAGGUGUCUGGAAUCCUUCAACGGGUCCUCUUGCUUUUCCGGGCAGCUCGGUGUUCUUUUCCUGUGGCACAGUGGUACAUCUUGCAGUUGAGAUGGGCGAGAAAAGUCAUGCAGAAGGUAGAUAUAACUUUUGUCGUAUUUAUUUUUAGAGAUGCACCAAAUCAUGUGGAAUUAACAUCGAUUGAUAAGUCCAAUGAAAAAAAGAAGAUAUGUAAUCAGAAAGAAAAUCUUGAAAGAAAAGAUCAUGAAAAGUUAUUACAGAAUGCACUUCCUAUAAUAGGUGUUUGGGAAUUUGAACGUGAUGAUGAUGAAUAUAUUAAAUUUCUUGAUCUCUUCUUGAGUUACGUUCUUGAAAGAGACCUACUUGAUUCCAAGGAUCCUGGCAUUCCAUUUCUAACCAGUUUUUCUGGACAUCUUAGAGAACACGAACUUAAUUCUUUACUUUUUGAUGUACAUACAACAUUAAAACGACGUCAAGGCAAAACCAAAAGCCAGAAUGUGUUUAGAGCUGGCUCCUGCUUUGUUGCUUCUGAGUCAUAUGAGUCUGAAAAGUCAGAAAACCAAGCACUUUCAGCUUCAGUACCAGUUACUCAAGAAAUCUGGCCAUUUUUAGAGAAUCCUUUGAAUGAAGUCGAUAAAAAGGAAGGGACAAGUGGAUUGUUUGGUUUAAAACAAAAGUCAGUUUAUAGACUACAAGAUGACAGUUCAGAGAAACCUGUAAUCCAGAGAUUGUCAAACCAUAUUUUUUGGACUCCCAAGUCCAACAAAACUAGAAGAUGUAUUUUUAAAGCAAUUCAGUGCAAUGAUGUUAACCCUCAAGAAGAUCUUCCUCUAGUACUAAACAACACAUUUAGCAGUAUAAGAAGGCUGCUGGAAUGGAUGAUAAGGUGGUCUAAUAAAAGACUGCUCUGUGAUCCUAGUCUCACUGAGUUAUCCUGUGAAUAUAGUCCCAUCAUUCAUGUAAAGACCUCUACAGCUGCCAUUCUUACAUCAUUGUGGCUUUUGGAACAACCAUAUUUUGCUACAUAUAAGGCAAAAAAUGCCAUUUUUAAGGUGCUAGAGAAUCAUUACUGUCAGUCUCAGAGUGGACCCAACAUUGAAAGUGAUUGCAAAACAGAUGCUGGCUGUUCUUUUGCAGUAUCCACUCAAGGUGGGACUGAGGAAAGAAAUGAUCAAAAUGAGUCUCAUCAAAGUAUCUUGAAAAUGCCAACUGAAGCAUAUAAUCCUGAAAUAAAAGAAACCAAAGAUGAGAUUAUUUCUGUUACUGAUGAUACUGAAAAAGAACUUAUAGAUAUUGAUGAGGAUCUUUUAGAAGUAGAAACAUUUAACCAAGAGGAAAUGGAAAUAUACCUAUCAGACUAUGAAGAAGGUACCAAAGAACCUGUUGGAAGUCUUAAAAGUUCCACUGUUGCCAUUAACAUGCAGACUUUACCACAGCAUUUAGAAGAACAUUCCACAGGAGAGGUUCAGUGUGUAAGGGAAGAACCAUUGAAGACAUGUAUGGAGAAAAAAUCAAGUGAACAGAAAGGUGCACAGAUCUCUGCAUUUAAAGAUAAAUCUUCCUCAGCUCCACCUUUCGUAUCAAAUGGAGUCAGUGUUGCUUCACAAACACCUGGGCCAACACUUCAGCAGACCCAGAGAAAUGAACCCAGGGCUCAAUUGCCAGAUUCUUCAGAUUCUGUUAGGCAGAUGCUCCAAGAUGAAAUGUUUAAAUUAGUUCAGCUGCAACAGAUCAACUUCAUGAGCCUAAUGCAAAUAGUAGGAUCAUCCUUUACUAACCUCCCGGAUAUACAUCAACUUCUACAGCAGCCUCAGCCCGUGCCUUUGGUGGGAAGUCAAGUAUCAAACCCCACAAGAGGGAGUAGUGAUGUUGAUGACACCAGUAGAAAUUUUAAGGAAAGAUCUUUUAUUAAACCACAGUCCAUGGGCGAGUACACCACAGAGCCUGGCAAGAAGAGUCCACACGGCCAUAAAGGAAUUGUGCAGUCUGAUCAGAAUAGUAAUGGAAAUUUACAGAAUGUUCCACAUGGGAGUGUUCCUUUAUGUCAGUUAGAAGGCCUGCCUCCCAACACAGGACUGACUCCAACAUCUCCAAGCUUCCCAACCGCUGCACUGUCACCAGCUCCUACUGGAAACACUCCCCUCCACCUUCUGUCUCCAUCUUCUGCCAUCCUGAAGACACCUGGACUCAUCCCAGCUGCAAAAACUUUCAAACCUGGAGAUGGUUUUCCUUUGCUUCAGUUUCAGGCUAAGCAUGAAUUUAAGUCCCUUUCCUUCCAUACAGGAAGAGUUCCACAGGUUCCCUUCAGGCUCCUGCCGCAGCCAAGAGAGGCGUGGGGAUUAUCAGAUUCCUUCCAGCCUCCUUUGCCACAGAGAACAGUGCACACCACUUCAGUGUCCCAUCUGAGUUUGAGCCACUGUAAUACUGAAGCCAUAAAAAAAGCAGUUGAGCAGAAGAAAUGGCCAGAAACUGUAAUUACAGAAAUCACUAAGCAUGUGAACUUGGAUCAGUAUGUUGGUCAAGAAAACUUGACACCUCAACAGGACUCUUCAGUAUUUAUAAAACCAGGGAAAAUACUUGAUGUUAAGCCAGGACCCCUUGAGAUAUCUCCUCAGAAUUCCUUUGGACUUCCAUUAUUGCACCUGCAACUUAAACCUCCUUAUAUAUUUUCCUCUGCCUCAAGAGCAUCAGUAACAAUUCCCUCAAUACCUACCAGAACUGUAGCAGAAGAAAGAAAAUACCCAAGACUGUCAUUACUUCAUUCAUGCCUAUACCCCAAAAACACGUAUGUUUUUGUAGCAGAGGGUAAAAGUAAUAUUCAAACUGCCUUCUAUAUGGAGUUAUGUGAUAUGCCGAAGCCAGAUUUUCGAUUCAAAGAACAGAGCUCAAAGUCAGCUGCUGCAGAGGAUGAUCCGCUGUGGGAGCCGCUGCAGGAUGUGUCUGCUGCUCGUCCUGCGCAGAGCUCUGCAGCUCGCCGGCUCGAGCAUCUCACCUCUAAGCUUCAGGAAAUUGAUGCACAGAUGUUAGCAAUACAGAACAUUGCUGAAAACAUAGAGCAGGAUUGCCCCAGACACAAAAUGCUAGAUCGACAUUGUGAUACGGUUGAACCUGAAGAUCACAUUGAAUUGUCUUCUGGUCCUGAAUCUGAAAAACCAUUGGCUUCAAAAGCCAUUGGCAUUUCCGAAGUAUGUUUCCUGACUCAUAUGAAUAAGGAGGCUCAAAGUGACAAAGAGGAGACUUCAGAAGCUGAAUUUUCAGUAACAGAAACUCAUUCUAGUCAAAAAACCUGUGUGUUUCCUUCUGCUGAUUCGGCUCUCAGCCUCUUCAGUGACCAGAAUACAACUUCUCCUGUAUUUAGUUUACUUAGAUCCAUAAAGAAUGUAAAAUCAAGUGAUGACCUGUCUGUUAAAUUUCUCAGAAUUCAGCAUUCUUCUGGUAGACGAACACAAAGAACUGAGAAGGAAAGAAGAGAAAUUCAGGUGUGGAUGAAAAGAAAACGCAAGGAAAGAAUGGCAGAGUACUUAAACCAGCUGGCGGAGAAGAGAGGGCAAGAACAUGACCCUUUCUGCCCGAGGAGCAAUCCAUUUUACAUGACUUCACGGGAAAUCAGGCUGAGACAGAAGAUGAAGAACGAGAAGGACAGAUUGCUACUCUCUGACCACUAUAGUCGGCGGAUCUCACAGGCAUAUAGUCUGAUGAAUGAACUGUUAUCUGAUUCAGUACAACUACCAACAACUGCACAGAAAGCCUUGCCUAACAAACCCAGAACUGCUCACAUUUCCCGAGAGCAACACUCUCUUUCUCCAAGAAGAGAGAAUCAAUAUGGUCACAAUAUUCCAAUAAAUCAACCUGGAAAAUUCAAAUAUAUAUCCAGACCAAGUUACAUCCGAAAGGGGAAACCUCAAGGCCCUCCUUGGUCACGUGGAACUGCUACUUCUGCCGUACAGAGGAAAGGUGCUGGAGCCAAAGCGGAAGUAAGAGUGGCUGUGCCAUCUCCAGUUACCUUCCAAAAAGAUUGGCUAUCCCGAACAAAGCCUGGAGAAAUGCACUCCGAUCUGAAGAGAAGAAAAUUACAAGGCCAUCCCUGCAGGAAGCAAGGUUCUGGUGCUCCAUGUCGUCUGCAGUGUACAAAAAAUCACAUUAGUGCUGAGCUUUCACCUCGAUCAAAGCAGGUGUGUAUAGAGUACGAGAGAGAGGAGACCAUGGUGAGUCCCUGGAUGGUACCGUCACACAUCCGAACAAUUCUUCAUGAGAGUCAUAGUUCCCUUCUACAAGACUUGUCAGCAGCUGAAGAAGAGCUAGAGCUUCCUUUCCAUGGCACGGACGGCAUGUCUGAGAGCACCAGCAGCAUCCUCAGCAAGCUUGACUGGAAUGUCGUUGAAGACAUGGUGGCCAGCGUGGAGGAUAAGAGUCUGUCUGUCCACUGGGCCUUGGACCUGUAAGACCCGAGUAUCAUUCUGUUGCCAGACAAAGGCCGGCGCUUCAGUGACAGUAGUUCUGAAAGACUGGUGUGUUUGAAAGAGAAAAGCAGUGAAGGAAGCAAUGUGAAUAUACACCUGCAGCCAUAUUAUUACCCAGAUUAGCCAUUUCAAGAGGGAAAAUAAACACUUCUCAAUAAUUUUGCCUUCAUGGGUAAAGGGUUGUUUAACUAUAGAUCUAUGACAUGCUUUUGCAUUUGAUCUAUCUUUAGACACAAUUUUUUAAAUGAUGAAAAAAUGAAGAGUACCUGUCAAGUUUACAUAAUAUUUAAGAUACUUUCAAAUAAAAAUCUUCUGUUUCGUCUCCUUCUUUACUA